UCUUGCAGGAGGAAGGCAACGCUAACUCAUCUUCGUUAGUAAGCUGUUGUCUUCAGAUGAAGCCUGCCCUCCUGGACUCAGCUUUGUGAUGCUGGAUGAGGGAAGUCUGCAAAUCACGUUUGUGCUUUGCCAGCUGCCCCUUAUUAGGCUCUGCCAAUAGGGGCCGUUGGAGGAAGACAGACUGGAGGCGGGACUUCCUGUUGGCUUCGUACAUAUUUCCUGCUUCUGUGAGCGUCACUAUGUCAACGCCCUUUUCCUUCGCAGUUGUGGUUCUUCUAUGUAGCUGCACUGAAUCUAGUUUACACUAACGGAGCACAGAGACACCAGGCUCCUCAGGAGAGGUCUGGAUCUCAGCCUAGGAGGCCCUCCUCUGAGCUCAGAGACCCCAGCACCAACCAGAGAGAUUAAGGAGUCUGACACAGUUUCUUGGACAUCCUAUGAAUGUUAGAAAAUAUGUUUUGGAGAGGCUGAAGAAAGAAGAGACAUGGUGUUCACAUUUGCUUCCAUGGAACCCAACAGAUCUUCCCUUGGGAAAAAGAUCUUCCCUAAAUAAGAAGGAAGCUAUUAAAGGAUUUCAUCCUCCUCCUUCCCUGUGCCCAAACUCUACCGAUCUCCCAUUCCAUGAAGAUGAUUGGGUGGAAGAAGAAGCUCUGCAGGGGGCAUCACCUGUGGGCCCUGGGCUGCUAUAUGCUGCUGGCCGUUGUUGCUCUGAGACUUUCUCUCAGGUUAAAAUGUGACAUACAUUCCCUGGAUCUGGAAUCCAGGGACUUUCGAAGCCAGCGCUGUAGGGACAUCUUGUACAACUCCCUGAAGCUGCCAGCAAAGAGAUCCAUCAACUGUUCUGGGGUCACCCGAGGGGACCAGGAAGCAGUGGUCAAGGCUCUCCUGGACAAUCUGGAGGUCAAGAAGAAGCGGGAGCCUUUCACAGACACCGAUUACCUCAACAUGACCAGAGAUUGUGAGCAGUUUAAGUCCCAAAGGAAGUUCAUACAGUUCCCACUGAGCAAAGAAGAGUUAGGCUUCCCCAUCGCAUACUCUGUGGUGGUCCAUGAGAAGGUUGAAAACUUUGAACGGCUGCUGCGAGCUGUGUAUGCCCCUCAGAACAUAUACUGCGUCCAUGUGGAUGAGAAGUCCCCAGAAACUUUCAAAGAGGCAGUCAGGGCCAUUAUUUCCUGCUUCCCAAAUGUCUUCAUGGCCAGUAAGUUGGUUCGAGUGGUUUACGCCUCCUGGUCCAGGGUGCAGGCUGACCUGAACUGUAUGGAAGACUUGCUCCAGAGCUCGGUGCCAUGGAAAUACUUACUGAAUACAUGUGGGACAGAUUUUCCUAUAAAGACCAAUGCUGAGACAGUCCUGGCCCUCAAGAUGUUGAAUGGGAAGAACAGUAUGGAGUCCGAGAUACCUACUGAGUACAAAAAGUCUCGCUGGAAAUACCACUAUGAGGUGACAGACACGUUGCACCUAACCAGCAAGAUGAAGGACCCUCCCCCUGAUAACUUACCCGUGUUCACAGGGAAUGCCUAUUUUGUGGCUUCUCGAGCCUUUGUCCAACAUGUCUUAGAGAACCCCAAAUCCCAACGACUGAUCGAAUGGGCAAAAGACACCUAUAGCCCCGAUGAACACCUCUGGGCCACCCUUCAGCGUGCACCGUGGAUGCCUGGCUCUGUCCCCUACCACCCGAAGUUUCACAUCUCAGACAUGACCGCCAUUGCCAGGCUGGUCAAAUGGCAGUUCCACGAGGGAGACAUCAGUAUGGGGGCACCUUAUGCACCUUGCUCUGGAAUCCACCAGCGGGCUAUCUGCAUUUAUGGGGCUGGGGACCUGCACUGGAUUCUUCAGAGUCAUCACCUCUUGGCGAACAAGUUUGACCCAAAGGUGGAUGAUAACGUUCUGCAGUGUUUAGAAGAGUAUUUACGUUAUAAGGCCAUCUAUGGGACUGAACUCUGAGAUACACCGUGAGAGGAUUGCUACCCAAGGGGCAGGAACAUGUACAAACGUGCCCAGAACAUGCUGGGACAGUGUGGGGUGGGAGAGCAGGGCUCUGGAAUCCGUGGCAUCUCCCUGGGUCAGGGGGCUGCUCUUGGAGUGUGAUGAGUAGAUUUGUUGCCUCGCAAAUUGCUGCCCUGGGUGAACACUGUUGUGUCCUCACCUCACUUCCAAUAGCUUCUCCACUGACUUUCCCACCGAGUUGGGAAUAAGAACCAGCUCUUUGGAUGAAUAAGGGAGGGAAGUGUGGCAGGAGACCCUGGAUUUUAGUUCAGUUCUUGGUAUUGGCUUUUUCACUCGUUGGAGAUGCCACUCCUAAUAAUUCUAGGCUUGGUAGUAGGGAGGGGACUUUGAGGGAAAAAAGGCCUUGUAUUUUGUACUAUUAGCUUCAAAAUAAAGAGCUUCUGAUUCAAA